AGUAACCAGUACUUGCUACUGCCUGGCAGGAAGAAGUGUUGAUCUGGCCUGUAGUUCAAUCUGUUUUCAUAGUUCAAACUAGGUCAGCCAAAUGUGACCACUCCCCCUUAAUAGCUAGCAUAUUGCUAGAAUAAAAUAUCCCAUGGCCAGACAACAGCCUGAGCAGCCAAAGGGCCCUGACAGGUGUCUGGAGACAGCUUGGAAAGCCUUUCCAAACCCCUGACGGAUUUGUUCUGAAAGCUGGACCUGAUACCACUGUGCCAAACAUGGAGUUUGAAGACUACACUGCCUACAAUAACCUGUCUGAUGAGGAGCUCUUACAGCUAGCCAUCGAAAGAAGUCUAACUGAGCAAUUCCUUGAGGGCCGUUACAUUCAUCCCCCUCCUGAUGCGCCAAGGACACCGUGUCCAAGUCCAAGUCUACGCCCCUCUUUUAAACAUGACCUCUUCACUGAGAUGCAGUUAAUGAUCCGCGACCAGGAUGAAGGAGCUUUGUUGGCUUUUGUAAAGGAAAACUCAGGCAGCUCGACGGCCACCAAUACUGACGGCUGGACCGCUCUCCAUGAAGCCGCUUACUUUGGCGUGCUGGGAUGCGUCAUGAUCCUGAUAGAAAGGUUUCCUGACAUGGUGAACAGAUGUAGCCCCAUAAACCAGACCGCCCUUCUCCUGGCUGCAUACCGAGGACAUGUCUCCUGUGUUGAGUAUCUCCUGGAGCAUGGCGCCGACCCCAACAUCUGCAACAAGGAACGAGAGGGUCCGCUGUUCAGAGCAUGUGAAAAUAAAAGCCUGCGCAUGGUGGAGCUCCUUCUGAGGUGUGGAGCGUCAGUGAACAAGACCGACAACCAGGGAGCAACGCCCUUCCAUGAAGCCGUCAGAACCGACCAGCUGGAGGUCUGUGAGAUCUUGUUCCAGGCCGGAGCUAAGAUCUCUACCUUCAAUAUCUACGGGAAUCGGCCGUUCUUCACCGCCGCACAGGGUGGAUGUUCCAAUGUCUUGGGCUUCCUACUGGCUAAAGGUGCGGAUAUUAAUAAACAGGCUAGAGAUGGAGCGACUCCUCUGUACGAAGCAUGCAAGAACGACCACCUCUGCACGGUGGAGAUUCUUCUGUCACAUAAGGCAGACGUAAACCUGCCCACAAAGUCUGGCCUCCUACCCAUCCACCAAGCCACGCAGAGGGCAAACAAACAGAUGGUCUCCAUGCUGCUUCCUCUGACCAGCAAGAAGAUGGUGAGCAGCAGCGGUAUCAGCCCGCUGCACCUCGCCGCCGAGGAUGGCCUGGAUGACAUCCUGGAGCUGCUGAUCCGAGACGGCUACGACGUCAACAGCCAGCUGUCCAGGGAGCACCGGCUGAUGUACGAGGACCACCGCAGCACGGCGCUGUACUUUUCCGUCUGCGACGACAACCUGGAGGCCGCCACCAUUCUCCUGGAGGCCGGUGCCGACCCCAACCUGGACUUCUUCAACCCUCUCCUGAUUGCCGUCCAGAAGGGAAACGCUGAAUUAGUGGAGCUGCUGUUGAUGUACGGAGCAGACGUCCACGCCAGCCUCUCCACACAUAAACUGGGCUUCCCGUCGGCCGUGCUGCUGGCCAUGAAUAGCAUCAACGUGCUGAAGCUCCUGUUGGACCACGGCUGCGACGUCCACCCCUGCUUUGACUGUGACUAUGGCAGCAAGGCCCAUCCAUACUUCGCCCCGCUGUGGGAGGCACACGAACUGCAAUACAGGAGAGAGUCUCCAACUGAACACUCUGUCGAUUUUUGUGAAGCCAUCUCUAAGUAUUCCAUUAAGGAGCCCGGUCCGCUCAUCUCCCUGCUCCUGGAUUAUGUUGGCCACAUCAAACUGUGCUCCCGGUUGCUGGAGAUCCUAGACGGCUGCAACGACAGGAAGCACAUCAAAAGCAAGGCAGUACCACCGCAUCCCCUGAUGCAGCUGUGCAGACUGAGAAUCCGGAAGAUUCUGGGAGCCAAACGACUUAAAACAGUCAAUGUUCUACCGCUGCCAAAUAUACUACUGCGUUUUCUCUGGUACGACGUGGAGUGCAUUUCAUAUCGAGGAUCCAACAUGGCGUUGGUCAGUGCCUCAGUCUCCCAGGCCAGCAACUCCGGCCUGGCCUUGGAGGACUACUCCAUCUACAAUCAGCUGUCCGAUGACGAACUCCUUGCGCUCGCCAUCGAACGCAGUCUAACCAACAGCCCCAGUCUAUCCGGCAACCAGAAUCAACCUGGCAACCAGAGUUCGGCUUCAAGGGGAGAAACAAGUGGAGGUCUUUCAAGUCUUCGAACUGGUCAGCCUAACGGACCGAACCGUGCAAACCCUCCCCAAAACCAGCCACCUGAGGGCGCUGCCGCGCAGUACAGUUCCCACAAUCCCCCAGCGGACAAAUUAUUCAAUCCGAAGAACUUUUCUGGCACGGUGAGCCACUUCAUCACAGGCCAAGGCAAGCGCAUGGUUGCGUACCGCAAGCACGACGGGGCACUGGUCCACGUCUGCCCCGAGCCAGAGGAGGAGGAUGGGCCUCUGUUCGCAGCCAUCAAGAAAGGAGAUGUACGCCAGGUGAGGGCGCUAGUGGGCCAGGAACACAGCCAGAUGUCCAGUAAACCCGGCUGGAUGGCCAUUCACGAGGCUGCCCGCCACGGACAGGAGGCCUGCCUCAACGUACUGCUGACAGGAAAAGGACAAGGGAUGAUCAACAUGCGAACUGCGCAGGACCAGACUGCGCUUCUUCUGGCAGUCAGCUACACCCAUGCGGCCUGUGCCAGGCUGCUGCUGGAGAGAGGAGCUGACACGGAACUCAUGAAUAAAGACAGGGAGACUCCCCUUUACAAAGCUUGCGAGGAAGACAACGCGGAGAUCGUGGCGAUGCUCCUGAACCACGGGGCGUCGGUGAACGUCCACUGCAACCAGGGCUGGACGCCGCUGCAGGAGGCCGUGUGUCGCAACAACGUGGAGAUCUGUGAGAUGCUGGUGCAGGCCGGUGCCAGGCUCACCCCAGCCAACGUCUACGGCAUCUCCCCGCUCUUCACCGCGGCCCAGAGCGGGCAGGUUGCAACGCUCCGGUUUCUUAUUAAACAAGGUGCGGAUGUUGACAGCCAGGCAACAGAUGGCGCCACCGCGCUGUACGAAGCGACCAAAAAUGGACACGCGAAGAUCGUUGAGCUGCUCCUCUCGCAGAAGGCCGACGCCAACAAGGCCAGCAAGAGAGGAUUACUGCCUCUGCACAUCGCUGCCCAGAAUGGGGAUGACAUCCUGGUGCCCAUGCUGAUCCCGGCCACUACCAAGGCGCGUAUCCGGCGCGCCGGCAUCAGUCCUCUGCACGUGGCGGCCGAAUACAACAUGGACGACGUGCUGGAGCUCCUGAUCCAGGCCGACUUCGACGUCAACGCACAGCUGUCCCACGAGCACUCCAAGCUGUACGAGGACCACCGCACCACCGCGCUCUACUUCUCCGUGGCCAACAACAACGUGGACGCGGUGCGGAUGCUGCUGGAGGCGGGCGCCGACCCCAACCUGGACCUGUUCAACCCCCUGCUGGUCGCGGUGCGCGGCGGCUGCAUGGAGACGGUCACCCUGCUGGUGGAGCACGGCGCCGACGUCAACGCCUACCUGGCCACCCACCCCACCACCUUCCCGGCCACCGUGCUCUUCGCCAUGAAGUACCUCUCCAUGCUGAAGUACAUCCUGGACAGCGGCUGUGACGCGCUGGCGUGUUUCCGCUGCGUGCACGGCAGCAGCCCCCACCCCCCCAUGAAGCUCAACCACUUUGAGCGGGAUGAGAUGAGAUACACGGAGCUCAACAUGACUGAACUUACGGCUCGCCACUGUGUUCAGUUCUGCGAGAUGGUGUCCAUCCCAAGCAUGUGUCGCUGGGCCGGCCCCAUCAUAGACGUCUUGUUGGACUACGUGGGCCGUGUGAAGCUGUGCAGCCGCCUGCAGGAGCACCUCGACAGCUAUCCAGACUGGCAUCCAAUCAAAGUCAGAGCCACCACAACUCCUCCACUGAUGCAGAUGUGCAGACUGAGGAUCCGGCAGGUUGUUGGAGUUCAGCGCCUGAGGAGGCUGAAGACCCUGCCUCUCCCUGGGUCCCUCCUCCGAUUCCUGGUGUACAAGGAGGCAAGCAUUGACUUUGAAUAACCCAGAGGUUCUACAUUAACUUGAAGCACUACUGUGAGUGACGUGGCGAACCACUGAAGCAGGAUACAAAUGGAAACAUGCUUUGGCCCAUUUCCUCAAGCAUCCCUCCUUUUGCUACUUCAUUAAUCUAAAAACAAGGGUU